AUGUCAACGCCGCGCAGUGUUAUUCAAACGCGACGCAUGAAGAAGAAAGCAUCGUCCAAUCUAGUGGAGAAGGAUGGAGAACCGUCAGCUCACCAACCCCAGCCUAUGCCUGAGCAGCAAUCUGAAAAUAACUUGGAAGCCAAGAACGAGCUUGUGAAACCGCACCCUCCGCGCAGUAAUAAAUCGGUAUCCUCGUCGGUUUUUAUGGCUAGAAAAAUGCAGUUAGAACUAGAGGCUGCAGAGAGUAAGGCUAGAAUCGACAAAGAACUAAUUGAUAAAAAAUUAGCUUUGGAGAUCGCAGCUCUGGAAGUGCAAUCGAAUAGAAGUGACAGAUCUGCUAGCUCUAGUUAUAAAAAAGUUGAAGAAUGGCUCGUGCGCAGUGGUCAAGUUACAGAACAAGAACCACAUCAAGAACUCGAAAGCCACGUUAACGGCGAGCCGACUGCCGUCCCCGCCGAUAAGCCGGGCGCGCCGUACGCCGACUACCUGGCCACCAACGCCGCUCGCGCCGACCACCCGGCCGCCGCCGCCAGUCCCGCUAACGAGCCACUCGCGUUUCGCACCGAUGAACUAGACGCUGUUCACGCCAAGUUGAUCGCCCCUCACGCUGAUAAAUCUACCGCCGACAACACCGACAAGCCACCGACUAAGCCGGCUCCGCAACCCGCGGCUCAGCCAACUCUGCAGCCCGCAGCUCCGACAGAAUCCCAGCAGUCUUCGCGUGACCCGAGCGACAUCGAAAAAUUGGCUAACGCUCUGCAAAGUGUCAUUAGUGCCUCAACUUCGAAAGCCCAAAACCCAGAACUAAUAGCCAGAUUGGUAACAUCUAAGGACUUGCCGUUGUACUUCGGAGACCCCAUGGAAUGGCUGCAAUUUAAAGAUGCUUAUGAAGAGACAACAUUGCGCUGCAAAUUCAGUGACUCAGAAAAUGUAGGCCGAUUGCGCAAAUGUUUACGUGGCGAUGCUAAGGAGGCAGUUGUAUCGAUGCUUAGCGGCAAAACCGAUCCAAAGAUUAUUAUGCAGACCCUCGGACUUCGUUUUGGACACCCGGAAGUGAUUAUUAACAAAAUAGUCAACCAGAUCAAGAAACUGCAACCGUUAUCUCAAGCUUACCACAAUGAAAUUGUUAUUUUUGCUACAAAAAUAAAAAACUUUGCCGUAACCGCUCGCUCCAUUGACCAAGCUGAUUAUUUACGGAGCCCGGAGCUAAUAAACACCGUGCUGUCUAAGUGCCCAAGUGUCCUUAUAAAUCGGUGGGGUGACUACGCGUACGAACAUUUAUAUGAAAGUAAAAGGUCAAAGUUCGAACAUUUAUCGGAUUUUUUAGAACGAGAGGCUGUAAAGGCAGCCACAGCAGGAGUGUCUCACAUUUAUAGUCAAGCUGAUAAGAAUAGAAAACAGCAUGAAGAGCGACGAGGUACCCAACACCCCGUUCUACUAAUGACUGACACAGAGAAAUGCAACUUCUGCAAAAUAUCUAGCCACCCACUGCCCGACUGUCCACGGUUCAAGCGAGCGAUGCGGCGCGAUCGCUGGCGUUAUAUACGUUUUAGUAAAUUAUGUUUUAAAUGCUUAAUAUCACAGCAUGAUAAGCAGACCUGCCCCGCCGCGGCCUGCAACGUGGAUAACUGCGGCCAGGAUCAUCAUAAAUUACUACAUUGGAUUCCAAAAAACAACAAUGGUUUAAGUGAGAACUAUGUUAACGUGAUUGACAGUGAAUUUGCCGUACAAUCUAACGAGAGUGAAACCGCGGACUUGAGUGAUUAUGUAAAUAACAUAAACAAUAAUAACAAGACUCCGAGAAGGACAAGUCCAGUAAGUACCUAGACUUGGCACACGAGAUAACCGCCAUGUGGGAUGUUGAUUCGACGAUCAUUGUCCCGAUAGUCGUUUCAG